CUCGCUCACUUAGGUUUUCUUUAAAUCUCAACUCCCUUCACUUUUCCCUUUUUUCCUUCUUGGUGAAACAACAGAAAUGUCGGAAGUUAGAGAUCCUGCGAUUAAGCUCUUUGGUAAAACAAUCCCUCUCACAACCAACGAAGAUACUUUAUCAGUCUCCUGUGAUUCUGUCUCUGCCUCUGCUACUGUUUCUGCUCUUGUUACUGCAGCUACUUCUCAUGAAGACAACAAUUCUUAUCUUGAUCGUCCUUCCACGACUUCUCAGAACAACAAAUCUAGCAAAGCAGGAGAAGACCAAUCACAACAACUGAAACAGCAACAAGAUAAGGAUGCACUGGGAGACAAACCCAACGAGACUGAGGAAGAAGAUGAUGCACCUCCUCCAAGUUCAGAUCAAUUGACAAAUCCAGCUACAUCUUCGGGGAAUAAUGAGAACCCUAAAACGCUCUCUGUCGACGAAGAAACUGCAAUGCCAAAAGCUUCUGACACUGAAGAGGAGCAGAAUGAGACAAAUAACUCACAGGAAAAGACCUUGAAGAAGCCAGACAAGAUCCUUCCAUGCCCCCGCUGUAAUAGCAUGGACACCAAGUUCUGUUACUAUAACAAUUACAAUGUCAACCAGCCCAGGCAUUUCUGCAAGAACUGCCAGAGAUACUGGACAGCUGGUGGGACUAUGAGAAAUGUGCCGGUGGGUGCUGGCCGCCGGAAGAACAAGAACUCUGCUUCGCAUUACAGGCACAUUACUGUCUCUGAAGCCCUCCAAACAGCUCGAUCAGAGGCACCAGAUGGAAUCCACCACCCUAUGAAACCCAAUGGCACUGUUCUCACCUUUGGUUCAGACACACCACUUUGUGAAUCGAUGGCUUCUGUGUUGAACCUUGCAGACAAAACAAUGAGGAAUUGUACAAGGAAUGGAUUUCAAAGACCAGAAGAACGGAAAAUUUCAGUUUCUUGUGGUGGGGGAGAAAAUGGGGAUGACCGCUCCAAUGGAUCUUCGGUCACAGCUUCCAACUCAAUAGAGGAAUGUGGCAAGGUGACUUUGCAAGAGUCGGUGAUGCAGAAUUAUCACACUUUUCCUCCUCAGAUACCAUGCUUUCCAGGGGCUCCUUGGCCUUAUCCAUGGAACCCGACUCAAUGGAGUCCUGCAGUGCCCCCACCUGCUUUCUGCCCUCCAAGCUUUCCAGUAUCAUUCUACCCCACAGCACCUUAUUGGGGCUGUACUGUUCCAGGCAAUUGGAAUGUCCCUUGGCUCACCCCACCAUCUUCUUCCCCAAGUCCCGUGGCUCCAAGCUUUGGUCCUAACUCUCCAACCUUGGGAAAGCAUUCAAGAGAUGGUAACAUGCUUACACCAAGUAAUUCAGAGAAAGAAGAUCCAGUAAAACAGAGCAAUUCAGAGAGAUGCCUUUGGAUUCCAAAGACAUUGAGGAUAGAUGAUCCUGGGGAAGCUGCCAGGAGCUCCAUAUGGGCUACCCUGGGGAUUAAGAAUGAUAAGGCGGAUUCAAUCAGUGGAGGAGGGCUCUUCGAGGACUUCCAGUCAAAGGGUGAUGAAAAGAGUCACAUGGCUGAAACCUCUCACUUACUGCAAGCCAAUCCUGCAGCAUUGUCACGGUCACUCAACUUCCAUGAGAGCUCAUAAUUGGGUAGAUGAAAAGCCUGUUGUGGUGUGAUGUUUCACUGAUAUGGUGAGGCACAGAAGGAACAACUCGCUGAGAAUAUUUUGCACCACUUACUUUGCCUUGAGCCAUGUUAGUGCACCGGCUUCAUUUCAGGAUUUGGGAGACCAAUCCAAUUGAGAUGGACCAGAAAAGAUCCAUCUGGUUUUCACAGAAAGGAAAUAUCCUGAAAUAACUCGAAACCAAAUGAUUUUAUCUUUCCUUUCUGCUAUUUGUGAAAAUUAUAUGCAGGGCCUUCUGUUUUCACAUAGAUGAUUGUUGAGGUGGUGUAACUUCUAGAUGUAUAUAUCUAUGUAUGAUGACAAAGUGAGAUAGGGCAGAGAAGAGGAGUGAGAGACCUAAUUUGUAUCGUAUUCUCUGAUUUACUAAAGUAAGUUUGCAUAUCUAAUGAAGUUCUUCAUUUUCACUCUGAAC